CAGUGGUCCGAAAAUGAGGUUCCUGCCCAAACUAGAGCUCAAAUUCCGUCGCUGGAAAAAACUAAAGAAGUCGCCGCUUUUGCGUAAAUUGGACAUAAUUUGUGAGAGUGCUCGUAAGCGAACAUUUCAGCAAACUCCCGAUGCGGAUUACGUAAAGCGUCUACAAACUGAAUAUGGCGAAAACAGCGGAAAGGAACUGAGCUACAAGCGGCGCGAACAAUUCAUGUACAAUGGAAGUUUCCAUGAGGCAGUCGGCGCGAUUCUUCUGACUGCUCAAUGGUUUGCCAUGAUGCCGGUGCGUGGCGUUACGGCCAAGCAUCCAAGCAGCCUGAGCUUUUCGUGGCGCAAUGUGCGCACCUGCUGCUGCCUGCUGUUCAUCGUAUCCAUGCUGAUAAAUCUUAGCUUAACCAUUUACAAAGUGUUAAACGGGUCCAUUACUUUUAACAACGUCCGGCCCUUGAUCUUCAAGAGCUGCAUCUGUUUGGUCUGCGGUACGGCUCUCAACUUGGCACGAAAGUGGCCGGAAUUGAUGAUGCACUGGGACGAAAUCGAACAGGACCUGCCGCAAUAUCGGACGCAGCGUGAGAAACAGCGCAUGGCGCAUUCCAUCAAAAUGGUCAUGUUUGUGGGCAUGAUGUUGUCCUUUGCGGAACAUUUGCUGAGCAUGAUUUCGGCGAUAAAUUAUGCUUCAUAUUGCAAUAAAACUGAUGAUCCCAUAAGAAACUUCUUUCUGCUGACCAACGAUGAGAUUUUCUACAUUUUUGACUACUCCACGCCGUUGGCGCUGUGGGGCAAAUUGCAAAAUGUUUACUCCACAUUUAUAUGGAACUAUAUGGAUAUUUUAGUCAUGAUAGUCAGCAUCGGGUUGGCAUCCAAAUUCCGUCAGCUAAAUGACAAUUUGCUAAAGUUCAAAGGCAUGCAUAUGGCUCCUUCUUACUGGUCGGAGAGGCGAGUACAAUAUCGAAAUAUAUGCACGUUGUGCGGCAACAUGGACAACGCAAUUUCUCUUAUAACUAUGGUAUCUUUCUCCAACAAUCUUUACUUUAUAUGUGUGCAGCUGCUGCGAAGUCUCAACACCAUGCCUUCGGUUGCUCAUUCGGUCUACUUUUACUUCUCGCUCAUAUAUCUAAUUGGGCGCACUUUGGCUGUAUCCUUGUAUGCAGCCAGCGUGCACGAUGAGUCGCGUCUCUCACUGCGUUAUUUGCGCUGCGUGCCCAAGGAUUCAUGGUGCCCGGAAGUUAAACGCUUCGCCGAAGAGAUUAGCAGCGAUAUGGUGGCUCUAAGUGGCAUGAAGUUCUUUCAUCUGACACGCAAACUGGUGCUCAGUGUGGCUGGCACUAUAGUCACCUAUGAGCUGGUACUUAUACAGUUCCACGAGGAUCAGGACUUGUGGGAUUGCGAUCAAAGCAGCUAUUCGUAA